UGGUUUUCAGCUUUAAAAAUUUAUUUGGAUUACUUACAAGUUAGAAGUUAUCACUGUCAUACUUACGUAAAUUUUGAAAUUUAUGAUUUUUUUGUGCGCACGAGCAUGAAAGAUAGACUUCGCCUUGUUUGCAUUUUUGAAAUAUCGCUGUUGAGUCCUUUGCAGACGCCUUGAAGAACACCUAAAUAAAGCCAUGCCAGUGCCAGUGUGCUUUCAGCAUUGGUCUGAUACUGAUGUGAUUUGAGAUUCUUCAGUAUUCUUUGAAUCGGCUUUCUCCUGAUCCCAUAUACUCAGGAUGAGGGUCUUCUGGAUUUUUUGACAAACCAAAGUGAAUAUUACAUGUUUUGCGAAGCUGUUGCGGAGUGUUGCCGGCUUGAUAUCACCACAAUACGGUGAAUAUAUAUUGGACUCUUUUUUAUAAUGCAUUCGGAUCUCGCGUCUCAUCUUCAUACGCAAGAAUGCAAUGAAAUAAUUGCGAAACUGCAGAAAUGCCACAUAGAACAUCCAUUUGGAAAGUUUUGGGGAUAUUGCAAUGAUCUGGACUUCGCCAUGACGAAAUGUUUAAGGCGAGAGAAGGAGAAUAAAAGAGCGGAAAAUAGACUAAAAGCAGAAGAGCGAGUUGAAAGAAUGAGACGCAUGCGGGAAGAAGAAAGGACCGCAAAGAAGCUGCGGGAAGAAAACCCUGUCUCUACCGGGUUAAGAUAGUUUUGUUGCAAAACUGUGCCUGUACUCAGGCCUUAUAAAACUUGAGUGGUUGUGAUUUUCGUGGGGAUUGCGUAUUAUAAAAUACGGCAGUUUUGGGCUGUGCAGAAUACAAUAAUAUCUAUAUGUGAGUGGAGGCUUAAAUUCGAAGUGAUGGAACCAUGAGGAUAUGUUUAUGGAGGCAGUGGUCAUCGAAUAUUUUGUGUUAUAUGUGUGCUUCAGGAGUAAGAAACUUUUGUGGGUGGGCGGGUAAACUUAUAUUUCCCGCCGGAUGACAAUAAAAUUUUUUGAAUCUUC